UCCCGGUUGCGAGGCGACCAUAAGAUACAGGGAGGCGGCGGCUCAUCACAAAGAAAAGGACGAGGGCGCAAGCGCGAGGGCUCGGAAUCGGAUUCGGUGCGAGAGAGAGAGAGAGAAAGAGAGGGGGGUUUGGAGAGAUGGGGAAGACGCCAGUGCGGAUGAAGGCGGUGGUGUACGCGCUGUCUCCGUUCCAGCAGAAGGUGAUGCCGGGGCUGUGGAAGGAUCUCCCUGGGAAGAUCCACCACAAGGUCUCUGAGAACUGGCUCAGCGCUACCCUCUUGCUCGCCCCCGUCGUCGGCACCUACUCUUACGUUCAGUAUUAUCUGGAGAAGGAGAAGCUAGCCCACAGGUACUAAGGUUGAGAUGCCCCUCCUUGAUAUCAUCUUGGUCAUUAAGGAGCUAAUCAGAGUAUGUUGCAGUGUGCUCUGAUGUGUAACCUUUUAAGUUCUUAUUAUGCUGCAAACUUUAUCAUGUUUUCUUUUGAAUAAUUGACAGUGUGAAUUCAUUUUUGUCAAUUACAUGGUUGCACUUCCUGAUAUUAACUGAGGUGUGGAAACAAAUGAUGAACCUCAUCAUAUUGGUUGAAUAACUACUCCACCUACCUAUUGUCAGUGACCAUAUCUUUUUCUCUUAUAAUGAGUGGACGCUGAAGAUUUUGAUAA